CGAGCGUAGAGAAGGACGGACACAAUCUUACAACUGGCGACGAGGAGAAAAAAUAAUUGAGGAACGAGAUGGAUGAAUCACGGGCGGUUCCGGCUUUUAGAUGUGAUAGAAUCGAAACAAGUAAACUUGCUCGAGAAUGGAAGGUGUGGAAGGAGUCACUGGAGUGCUUCUUUGCGGCCUACGAUAUAACGGAUCAGAGAGUCAUGCGAGCGAAAAUGCUCCAUAUGGGUGGUUCUGCCUUGCAGACGGUUUUCAAGAACCUGGAAGAUCAUGAUCACGUUCCACUGGUCUCCCUGGUUCCGCGAUGGUACGAUGUAGCGGUUGAAAAACUCGACGCAUUUUUCGAACCAAGACACCAAAACACUUCUGAGCGCAGGAAGCUCCGGCAAAUAAAGCAGAAUUCUGGUGAAAGAUUUGCGGAUUACGUCAUCCGUCUUAAGCAGCAAGUUGGUGAGUGUGGAUUCGAAAGAUAUGGAGCCGAUAUAGAGGAAAUCCUGAAGAAUAUCUAUCUAACGGAUGCCGUUGUUGAAGGAUGUUCUUCAAACGAAGUGCGCAGAAUGAUUCUGCUGAAGGAUUUGCCUUUCAAGGAUAUCGAAGCAUUCGGAGUUACCCAAGAAGGCGUGGACCAGCAAUUGGUUGAGAUUACCCAAUCGGGGACUCACACGAUGGAUAAGGUAUACAGUGCUCAUUCGCAGAAUCGAGACCGCCGUAGUGCUGUUAGAGAUAACUCAAACAGGGUGUCGAUGAAGAAAUGUUACAAUUGCGGUCGGCAGGGACAUCUGUCAACCUCUCCAAUGUGCCCGGCACGCGGUCAGCAAUGCCGCAACUGUAAGAACUACGGUCAUUUCGAGAAACUGUGCCGUAAGCGAAAGUCAACGCGAUCAGAACCCUCGCAGAAGAACCAAAUCCGAGUAAUUGAAAGCAUCAGCAACGACAAUGAUCUAAAUGUAGUCGUACCAGAAGACAACCCAACCCAAGACAAAGUGUACUACGCCUUCUACUCAGGUAAUGAAUCAAACAUGCUUACAUGCAGUAUCGGUGGUGUUUCUACGGAAAUGUUGGUCGAUUCUGGUGCUGAUGCUAAUUUGAUUAGCGAGGUAUCUUGGGCGAGAAUGAAAAAUAGUAGGAUUUCGGUGUAUUCGUCAACCAGAGGGAGCAGUCGAAUUUUAAGAGCGUAUGGCAGCGAUAUUCCAUUGACCAUUUUGGGAACCUUCGUUGCGGACAUAACCAUUGGAGAGAAGACAAUUCAAGCUGAAUUUCUCGUAGUCAAAGGAGGCCAACGUUGCCUUCUUGGUGACCGAACAGCGAAGCAGUUAGGUGUAUUAAAGAUUGGUUUGCACGUCAAUCGUGUCGAGAACUCUACACAGCCGUUCAGCAAGAUUAGGGGUAUCACGGCAUACAUCCCUAUGAAUCCUGAAGCCAUCCCAGUUUUCCAGCCAAUGCGUCGCAUUCCUUUGCCAUUGGAACAAGCAGUUGCGAAGAAAAUCGAUGAAUUACUGAAGCGGGAUAUCAUCGAAAUCAAGACAGGUCCAACCAGCUGGGUGUCCCCGUUGGUUAUUGUAGGAAAGGCAAAUGGUGAGCCUCGACUCUGUGUUGAUCUCCGCCGAGUAAACGAGGCUGUUCUUCGUGAGCACCAUCCGAUGCCUGUUGUGGAAGAUUACAUUGCGCGCCUGGGAAGAGGAUUGAUAUUGAGCAAGCUCGAUAUUCGCGAGGCGUUCUUGCAGGUCGAAUUGGCAGAGGAAUCACGUGAUGUAACGACCUUCAUGACCAACCGGGGGCUAUUCCGGUUUAAGAGACUGCCGUUCGGCUUAGUAACGGCACCGGAGCUUUUUCAAAAAGCUAUGGACGAAAUACUGGCAGAUUGUAGCGGCACCUAUUGGUAUCUCGACGACAUAAUUGUAGAAGGGAAGGACAUCGAAGAGCACGAUAAUCGACUUGAGAAGGUUCUUUCGAGAUUGAAGGACAGGGGAGUGGAGCUCAAAUGGGAGAAAUGCCAAUUUCGGGUUACCGAACUCGAGUUCUUGGGCCAUCAGAUCUCCAGAAACGGGAUAAGUCCUUCCGAGUCGAAAGUAGCAGCGUUGAUGUCAUUCCGAGAGCCUGAAAAUGAAGCAGAGGUACGUAGCUUCCUCGGAUUGGCCAACUACCUGAAUCGAUUCAUUCCGCAUCUUGCGACUAUUGAUGAACCGUUGCGCAAACUUUUGGUUAAGGGUACUAAGUUUGAAUGGACUAGCAGAGAAUCUGAAUCUUUCCAAUCCAUCAAAAUGGCUUUAAGUAACGUGAGUAAUUUGGGGUUCUAUAAAGUAGAAGAUCGUACAGCUGUAGUAGCAGAUGCCAGUCCCCAAGGGUUAGGAGCUAUUCUACUCCAAAUCAACGACGAAAAUGUCCAACGUGUGAUCAGUUUCGCUUCCAAAUCCUUAACAGAAACGGAACGACGGUACUGUCAAACGGAAAAGGAGGCCCUAGCUGUCGUGUGGAGCGUGGAACGAUUCCAAUACUAUCUCCUUGGCAAGAAAUUUAACAUCCUGACAGACUGUAAGGUUCUUGAAUUGUUGUUUUCCAAGCGCUCAAAACCCUGUGCGCGAAUAGAACGCUGGGUCUUGCGAUUGCAAACGUUUGACUAUAACAUCAUACACGUCUCAGGUAAAGAAAACAUAGCUGAUUCGCUAUCUCGAUUAGCUAUCCAGGAACCUAAGCCAUUCGAUCAAUCGGAGGAAAUAUUCGUACGCGAAGUAGCCAUUCAAGCUGCUAACUGUGCUGCGUUAACUUGGAAUGAGAUUGUACAAGCAACAGAAAACGAUGACGAAAUCUCAAAAGUACUGGAAAUUCUGAGGAAUGGUGAUAUGCAGAACUUAUCUGUUGAAUACAGAGUAGUUGCCAAUGAAUUGUGCAAUUUUCAAGGCGUACUGCUACGAAACGAUCGGAUUGUCGUACCUUUUUCAUUAAGAGAAAAAGUGCUGAUUACAGCUCACGGGGGUCAUCCUGGCAUAGUGAUGAUGAAAAGCCACCUAAGAUCAAAUGUCUGGUGGCCUAAAAUGGAUCAGGCAGUUGAACGAUUCGUGAAGCGUUGUAGAGGUUGCGUAUUAGUUGCUGCUCCCGAAGCACCAGAGCCAAUGCAACGUAGUCACCUCCCUUCUUCACCGUGGCAAACAUUGGCACUCGAUUUUUUGGGACCUCUGCCUGAAGGGCAACACCUGUUGGUUGUUGUUGACUGUUACAGUCGUUAUAUAGAGGUAGUUGAAAUGGAUACAACAACAACAAAAGAUGUUACGCGAGAGUUGAUGACCAUGUUCAGUCGGUACGGAAUUCCAUCGUUCUUGAAAGCCGAUAAUGCACCACAGAUUAGUUCCGAUUGUGAGGAGUUUAAUGAGUUUUGUUCGACUAAUGGUAUCAAAUUGCUGAACACAAUACCGUACUGGCCUCAAUCAAACGGAGAGGUUGAACGGCAAAAUCGUUCGAUUUUGAAGCGCCUCCGAAUAUCUCAGGAGCUUGGGAAAGAUUGGAGAAACGAGCUACGGCUGUAUCUAUUAACCUAUCAUUCCUCGAAGCAUCCAACCACGGGCAAAUCACCAGCAGAGUUGAUGUUCGGUCGUCAGAUAAAAAGCAAGCUACCAACGAUUUCGAGUUUUCUUGAAGAUGAAGGAGUACGUGAGAGAGAUGCUGUCAUCAAAGAAAAGGGGAAAGAGUACAGUGACAGAAGAAGACAAGCAAAGGAGAGUAAUAUAAAAGAGGGUGAUGUCGUACUUGCUAAGCGGAUGCGAAAAGCAAAUAAACUAGACACCGAAUUCACUAACGAAGAGUUUGUAGUUCAGCGUAAAGAAGGUACUGAUACUGUCAUACAAUCGAAGGCCACUGGUAAACAAUAUAGGCGAAGUUCAGCUCAUUUAAAGAAAAUUGAAGAUCCAAGAACUUUCCGGAAAACUCAGGAAGACAGCUCAGAGCCUAUAUCUCCGUCAGUUCAAUCUGAAAUCGACGGCGACAGGAGAUGUGAUUCCAGGGCCGAGUCAGAAAACACAUCAGUCGAGGCAUCCGUUUCAUCCAGAUCACCUGUAACAAGACGUCCGAGAAAUGUACUGACGAAGUAUCAAGAUUAUAUACCGUAUUAA